AUGUCAAGUUUCACAUUGGCAUCAGAUCUGAAGCUUGAUGCGAGCAAGUUUGAUCCGAAAGCAAUCGACAAAGCAACAAAGAAGAACAACGAUGCGCUUAUCAAAGUCCAGCAAAGCAUACCAAAAUGGUGGGAAGUGGGCGCCGAGAAGUUCAGACAAAUGAGGUGGAACGGCGAGACUCCACUACCGAAGCCGGUCGUCCUCGAAUCGGGCAAGAACAUCAAGCUGCCGUCCCGGGAGUCCGGACGUGAGAUCCCAUGCCGUGUCUUCCAACCUAAAGACGGCAAGCCGAAAGGAGUCUUCUACCAUAUCCACGGCGGCGGUUGGGUCCUCCAAAGCGAACACCACCAAGACAUAAUGCUCGACUACCUUGCCAACCACACCCAACUGGCCGUCUUAUCUGUUGGUUACCGUCUUGCACCCGAGCAUCCAUAUCCGGCUGGCAACGAGGAUUGCUUUGAUGUUGCCGAUUACCUUGUCGACAACGCCGAGAAAGACUACGGCGCCCCGUUGCUAUUCAUGGGCGGCGACAGCGCAGGCGGACAUCUAAGCGCUUUGACCUGCUACCACCUCCUCAAUUCCAGACCGAAGUUCGCCUUCAAGGGGCUCGUGCUUAACUUCGGCGCCUACGACCUAAGUGGCUUCCUCCCGCAAGCCUGGACUUUCGACCUGCCACUUGUUCUGGACGUACAGAUCAUGGAGAAUUACAGAGAAGCGUACCUACCAGGCAAGACCCAGGAUCAGCGCCGGGAUAUGUGGAUCAGUCCGUUCUUCGCCGAUCUGACGAAGAUGAAGCUGCCGUCUGCGCUAUUCACUUGCGGCACGCUUGAUUGCUUGUUGGACGAUAGUGUGCUCAUGGCGGCGAAGUGGCAGAUGAGUGGCGCGGAAGGGAUAUUGAAGGUGUACCCGGGUGCACCUCACGGCUUCGUGUUCUUUCCUCCAGGAGAUAAUUCGCCGGAGACGCAGAAGGCGUUGGAUGACAUUACGACGUACGUCAACGAGCGAAUGUAG